AGAGACAUCAACUGCAAUUGCAACCAUUGAACCGACAACGGAUGAAGAACUACUGACAUCUUCUGUGGCAACAACAAUUCCGACCACAACAUUUAUGGAAUCGACAAUGUCAGACCAAAGUACGACCGGCCAAAGAACCAAGAUUGUUACAAUGAAUCCAAGUACAGAGCCGAGCACUUUAAUGACUACUGUUAAAGAGACUGUGCCAACCACAACAAUUCUCACGACAGAAGUAAGCAGCUCGACAAUCAGCACUUCGAGAACUACAAUUCCGACGACAACAUUUAUGGAAUCGACACUGUCAGACCAAAGCACGAACGGCCAAACUACCGUACUUGCUACAGUGAAUCCAAGCACAGAGCAAACUUCAGUAUUUGUAUCAACUGCCCAGCAGUCUACAGGACAUUCCUCUAUCGCCACGACGGAAGGAAGUAGCUCAACAAUUAGUACUUCGAAAACUACGAUUCCGACCACAAUAUUUCUCGAAUCAACACUGUCAGACCAAAGUACGACCGGCCAAAGAACCACACAUGCUACAGUGAAUCCAAGUACAGAGCAAACUACUAUUGAAGAGACAACAGCGAAACCAAGUACACAGCAAACUACGGUAGAAGAGACAACAGUGAAACCAAGCACAGAGCAAAGUACUGUUAAAGAGACAACAGUGAAGGCAAGCACAGAGCCAACUACUGUUGAAGAGACAACCACAGAGCAAAGUACUGUUAAAGAGACAACAGUGAAGCCAAGCACAGAGCAAACUACUGUUGAAGAGACAACAGUGAAACCAAGCACAGAGCAAACUACUGUUGAAGAGACAACAGUGAAGCCAAGUACAGAGCAAAGCACUUUUACCUCUACGGUUGAAGAGACAACUGUAGCUAUAACGACAACACUAGCAGACCAAAGUACGACCGGCCAAAGAACCACGAUUGCUACAGUGAAUCCAAGCACAGAGCAAACUACUGAUGAACAGACAACAGUGAAACCAAGCACAGAGCAAACUACUGUUCUAGAGACAACGGUGAAACCAAGUACACAGCAAACUACGGUAGAAGAGACAACAGUGAAGCCAAGCACAGAGCAAACUACUGUUCAAGAGACAACAGUGAAGCCAAGCACAGAGCAAACUACUGUUCAAGAGACAACAGUGAAGCCAAGCACAGAGCAAACUACUGUUCUAGAGACAACGGUGAAACCAAGUACACAGCAAACUACUGUAGAAGAGACAACAGUGAAGCCAAGCACAGAGCAAACUACUGUUCAAGAGACAACAGUGAAGCCAAGUACAGAGCAAAGCACUUUUACCUCUACGGUUGAAGAGACAACUGUAGCUAUAACGACAACACUAGCAGACCAAAGUACGACCGGCCAAAGAACCACGAUUGCUACAGUGAAUCCAAGCACAGAGCAAACUACUGAUGAACAGACAACAGUGAAACCAAGCACAGAGCAAACUACUGUUCUAGAGACAACGGUGAAACCAAGUACACAGCAAACUACGGUAGAAGAGACAACAGUGAAGCCAAGCACAGAGCAAACUACUGUUCAAGAGACAACAGUGAAGCCAAGCACAGAGCAAACUACUGUUCAAGAGACAACAGUGAAGCCAAGCACAGAGCAAACUACUGUUGAAGAGACAACAGUGAAACCAAGCACAGAGCAAACUACUGUUGAAGAGACAACAGUGAAUCCAAGUACAGAGCAGAGCACUUUAACGGCUGCCGUUGAAGAGACAACUGUACCUAUUACGACAAUGCUCAAAACAGAAGGGAUCCGAUCGACCAAAAGUACUUCAAGAACUUCAGUCAUGCAGACAUUUAUGGAAUCGACAUUGUCAGACCAAGGUACGACUGGCCAAAGAACCACACAUGCUACAGUGAAUCCAAGCACAGAGCAAACUACUGUUGAAGAGACAACAGUGCCACUUACGACAACGGUGCUGACUAGCUCAAUAGAAUCGUCUACACCAACAACUACAACAAUGAGUGCAACAAGCACGUUUGUCAGUACUUCAAAAGGUCAUUCAACUUCCGCCACGUCUACAACACCCAGUGCUAUAACCACGAUUCUUGGCACGUCGGAAGGUCAUACCACCCUAUCGGAGACCACGUGGUAUCCGUCCACGGCCACAACAUACGGCAUCAAAACGACCACAAGCAGCCAAGGAACUUCGGUCUCAACGACAACGCCUGCAGAAUCUACAUCGGCAGAACAAAGUAGCACCACGCAGAGAACCACCUUCCGUACAGUGCCGGCAACCACUGAGCGAAGCACUGCUACAUCGACUCUUGAUGAGACCACAGUGACUACUACGACUGCAGAGCAGACAAGCACAAUCGGAUUGUCUUCCGCCGCGUCUUCCACAGAACGUGCUCGAAGUACACUGUCAUACCACCGUAUCGCAGACCACUGGGCAUCCGUCCACGGCUACAACCUACGGCAUGAAAACGACCACAAGCAGCCAAGCAACUUCAGUCUCAACCACAACGCCUGCAGAAUCUACAUCGGCAGAACAAAGUAG